CAACAGCGCCUCCUGCUGCCUGAAGGCGGGAUCGAACCGGCCGACACUACCACAUCAGUUUGAAGAUGGCGGAGGGUGAAUUGAACGUGGACAGCCUCAUCUCUCGGCUCCUGGAAGUUCGAGGAUGUCGCCCAGGAAAGAUAGUCCAGAUGAGCGAGUCAGAGGUGCGCGGCCUCUGCAUCAAAUCCAGGGAGAUCUUCCUCAGCCAGCCAAUCCUGCUGGAGCUCGAGGCUCCCCUGAAGAUCUGUGGUGAUAUUCAUGGGCAAUACACAGACCUACUGAGGCUGUUUGAGUAUGGUGGUUUCCCUCCAGAGGCAAACUACCUUUUCCUGGGUGACUACGUGGACAGAGGGAAACAGUCCCUGGAAACUAUCUGCCUUCUGUUGGCCUACAAGAUCAAAUACCCAGAGAACUUUUUCCUGCUCAGGGGCAACCAUGAGUGUGCAUCCAUCAACCGCAUCUACGGCUUCUACGAUGAGUGCAAGCGCAGGUUCAACAUUAAGUUGUGGAAGACUUUCACUGACUGCUUUAACUGCCUCCCCAUUGCUGCUAUCAUUGAUGAGAAGAUCUUCUGCUGCCAUGGAGGUCUAUCGCCUGAUUUGCAGUCAAUGGAGCAGAUUCGCAGGAUCAUGAGGCCAACAGACGUGCCUGAUACAGGCCUGCUCUGUGACCUCUUGUGGUCGGACCCAGAUAAGGAUGUACAAGGCUGGGGAGAGAACGACCGCGGGGUCUCCUUCACCUUCGGAGCAGAUGUGGUCAGCAAGUUCCUAAACCGCCACGACCUGGACCUCAUCUGCAGAGCCCACCAGGUUGUGGAGGAUGGAUAUGAGUUCUUUGCCAAACGCCAACUGGUCACACUUUUCUCUGCUCCAAACUACUGCGGGGAGUUUGACAAUGCAGGCGGCAUGAUGAGUGUUGAUGAAUCCCUCAUGUGCUCCUUCCAGAUCCUAAAGCCCUCAGAGAAGAAGGCCAAGUAUCAGUAUGGUGGUGUAAAUUCUGGUCGGCCCGUCACCCCACCCCGCACCGCCCAAGCCCCCAAGAAGAGGUGAACGUACAGCCUCGGCUCUCCUCCUCCUUCUCACCCUGUCCGUCCCUGGUCUGCCAUCACGGCAACCCCUGUAACUCCCCUGUAUAGCGAAGAUACAGGGCUUAUCUAACUGCCCAAAUCUUUCUCCCCCACUCACCCACCCCCUCUCCAACUCCACUGACAGCUCUUUUCUUAAUGUGUAUGUGUACAUAAAUCUGCUGUGACCAAUAUUGUUUAUUUUUAUUUCGUUUUUUGCCUGUUUGUUGGUAUUUUUGAUAUUAUUAACAGAUUUUUUUUUGUGGUUUUACUUCCAAUGCCAUUUGAGGUUAUCUGAGGUUUACGUGUCGUCUUUUGUGUCGAGGGGCAAAAUGACCGAGUUAGAGGAAUUCUUUUUUUUUUUUUUUUGCCCCUCAAAAAGCAGAAAGAAUCCUUCCAGUGUGUUUCAAUGAGACGGAGCUUUCCGUGCUAAAUUUCUUAUAUUGCGGUUUAACUGUUUAAACACAUUACAAGCGGACACGGUGAACUUGCGGUUGUUGUGCAGGCGAACAUUUUAUAUAAUUAACCAUUGAAAAAGUGCACCUCCCCAUGAGUAGCAAGGAAUGUGAAGAGACCGGCUUGAAUGAAAUAUAGAGGGUACAUCGGAUGCUGCUGGCAGUGGACCCGCUCUCCCCGAACACAACGCCCUCUGGGCACCAAUUCCUCCGCUCUGUUAUGCCUCCCUGUGCCUCGACUCCACACCCACGCAAAACAUGCCGCUCCUCACGCAGGGCUGCUAUUGACAUUUUCCUGAGUAUAUUUAUUAUUAUUUUUCUCACUAAGAUAACUUCCCCCAUAUAAUCCUCUUGAUUUGUAGUGAAAGAUGCUGAGAGAUUUUUUUCAUGUCCAUACCCAGGCAUAUCACUAACAAUAUGAGUCGCAUAAAGUCAGUAUUUUACCUGUCAACAUACUGGACUGUACUAAAAGUGCUUCUAAACGUGUCCGUUCCUAGUCUUUGUAUAAAGAAGCAGUUAGGGAUGGAAACAAAUCUAACAGUACUGGUUGGAAUAUUGCAUAGUGUAUCAUAGUCAGCUGUACAAUGUUAAUAAGAACUAAUAAAUAGAAAGCAAACUUCACAACAUGAAUUGUUAAGUGCUGUUUUCAUAGAGCAACACAACAACAACAACAAAGUUUGUUAUUAAAAGCUUUAAAGUAAAAUGCCAGCUGUCCUCCUGUCGCAUCACCCAUUCUGUUCUGGUGCAGAAAAGUGGAGUCAGUGGCAGGACCAGGCCGUUAUACUAUGUGACCGUGAUGCCACCUGCUGGCUACAUACAGUAGUACAAUACAAAUCAUUUCAAACUACACUGCUCAGGAUGGGCUUUUCAUUACAUGUCCAGUACAACAUGUUGUCACCACGAGGAGGUACUGGCAGUUAACUUUAGUCGACUGCAAAUAAGACGCAGUCGACCCUUUUUAUGGCAAAGCGUUGCCUCCUUUUCAUUCUUUUUUCUGUUUGUUUUGCUCUUUGUGGUAAUAUUGUUUCUGUUGUAUUUGUCUGUUCUCUAUUCACAUUGUUUAUUUUUUAAUUUAUUUCCUAACAAUGAUAAUAAAAAAAUCAAUGAAGUGUUACCAAAAGCUGUUUUGCAAUUUGUACAAGUUUGUUUGAAAGUCUAUAAAUUCAAUAAAAUGAAUGGAAACCAAAA